AUGUUCGACCUCCCAGACGUUAAACGAGUCCGUCGCGAGGAUAUCUACGGCGCUGCCUCACACGGGGAAGACAGCCAUGACGAUCACGUGGAUGAUGCACUGCGUGAGAAAUUGCAAGCGCAGCUAGCUGGCCUGUUGGGUUUCCUAGCAGAUGAGGGUGCCAGUGACGAAGCAGAGCAAUCUCAAUCUCUUCGACGUGGUGAUGAAAGUGGACUUCACGAGGUUGGCGACGGUGUUGACCAACCCGAUGAGGAGUCCUUUGCCUUCCGACUAUUUCGAGAUGAAGGGCCCUCCCACACGGUUGUCCUGUUGAGAGACCGAGCACCAGAGGGUGAAGGAGGCUUUGUCGUCCCCAGACGUCCGCAAUCUUAUUACUUGGCAGAGAAGCCGUCUCUGGAACUUGCCGAACGAUUCCGGUCAGCAGCUGUCAGCGUAGACCACCUCCUGAAAGAUGCCAAGAGGAGGCGAUGGGGGCUAGAGAAGCCUUGGAAGGUGAUGACCAUCAGUAUCGGUACAAGCAAGGGAGCGCGUCCCGGCAGCUCUACGAGUCAGUCGUCAAAUGACUCGGCUGGGAAGAGGAAGCGGCCAGGAAAGAAGCGCAGAAUCAUCCUGCGGGUUCGGGAGAAGACGAAGAAAGAGCAGGAACAAGCCGCGAAGCAGCAGCUCGUGGAGAAGGAGCAACACUUGACGGAUAAGAAGAAGAGGCUCAACAGACUGAAGAAGCUCAGGCGCAGGGCCAAAGAAAAGGAGAAGAAGCAAGGUGCGAAUGGCGAUGCAGGUUCUGAGAAAAGCAGUAGGGAAAGCAGUCCCCUCAACGGAUAG